AUGACGGAGGCACAUUUUAAGUAUCAUGGAAAUCUCACGGGACGGGCUCAUUUUCCCACCCUGGCAACAGAGGUUGACACCACUGCAGACAAGUAUUCCAACCUGUACAUGUAUGUAGGAUUAUUCCUGAGUCUCCUGGCCAUUCUUCUCAUCCUGCUCUUCACCAUGCUUCUUCGGCUCAAACAUGUCAUCUCGCCCAUCACUGAGAGCACCGAAAGUGUUCCUCAGUUCACAGAUGUAGAGAUGCAAAGCCGAAUUCCCACUCCUUAA